AUCGGGUGACCCGGGUAGUCUGAAACAUCCGGUAUAUCGUCCAUCGAUGCAACUCACUCGUUGCUUUUCGCUCUUAGAAGCAAACGCUUUCGUCGUUAUCUUAUGCGAACACCGUCAAUUUUUCACAGAUUCACAAUCACGCGCGUUAACAAUUGCAUUGAACUCAUAUUAACAAUGUGCAAUAAUACCAUUUGAAUAACCGACGUUUUACUCUGCUUGACAACGCGGCUAAAUGUUCUUACGGUGGUGACACGCACGUCUCAUUCCCCGAGACUUGCAUUAAUAUUGUUGUUAGUGAUUUAAUUUUUCUCCGUCGCGCUUCUCUCUAUUGUCUCUCUCGUGCGUCACGGAGCAACGAGUAGUAAAAGUCUAAAGUCGCAUCUCGCGCUGCAUCGCGAUGCAGCAUCUAUUCAUCAGUUUGCAUCGCAUGCUCGCACGAGUUGCAAGCUUGCACGAAUUCAAUUUAGCCGAGACUCGAAUCGCGCACUUCCGAGUCUUCACGCAGAGCCGUUAGAUGGCAGCAAGCGGCUACGUACCUGUCAACGCGCCACGUGUCCCGUUGCCAUGGCAACCGAGGAUGCCGUAAACAGACCAACUGUUAUCUGAACGUACGAGACACGAGAUCGCGUUUCUAGCAAUUCCGCACGUGACGAUGUGACGAGAGGAGCGAGUGAAGUUCAGCGAUUUGACAAUUGUACAUUAAAGAGCCAAUAAUGUGAUUGUAAAAUUUGAAAUAAUGCGAUUAAAGGAAUAAAUCAUUUAAGGAAACCUCUGUGUGUGAACAUUCAGUCUCGCUUAGUUCUUCGCGCAUAUACAACAUCGCAACAUCUCUCUCUCUCUCUCUCUCUCGCGCGCGCCAUGUCUUCCCCUCAGUUAGACUUUAUAAGCGGACUUGGGCAGCAAUCGGACGCAUCGGAGCAAGACUUGAGCCUCUGCUACGCGUACCCGGAGGUCGACGACGAUCGAGAAACGAGCAGUGUGCUCAGCUGCGACAAAGAAGCGUCGCGAGCGCCGAGCCGCAAAGACACCUCGGCCGAUGACGGCCUGUACGUUCCGGAAAACCCGUUCACUGAUAAGAUAAUCAAGCCUUAUCGGCUCAACAACGUCCGCAUGUUGGACUACGAGUCGCGGGAGGAGUUCCGUGGGAGGCUCGUGGAGAUCGCGAUUCGCGACGUUCGCAUUCACGAAGCCAACACCCCGCUGCAGAUCGCCUCGGUAUCUAUACUGUUCAAGCGGAAGCCGAUAUGCAGGACGAAGCAGCCGUUCAACCGGAAACUGUACAAGCUACUGAUCCGGAACAUGGAGAACCACAAUCUGUCGAUACAGGUGCACGCGCAGCGCGGGGAGUCCAGCGUGCUACCGUUGCCGUUGCCGCGACGCUGCGUGAAGGACCACAAGGUGGACAUAGACUUCGCGAUCGGCGACAGCUCGGGUAGGAUAUACGCCGGCACCGUCACCUCCACGGUCUCCGUGUCGAAGCAAGGCGAUGACGAGCGGGAGGAGGAGAGCGACGUUUAUUUCUACACGCUCAGCAACGACCCGAACGACCCGCAGAACUGCCUCUCCCUGCGGAGACCGUCAAGACGGCAAGCUGCCAAGAAGGAAGACGUCAAGUACUUCUCGCUGCAGGAUCCAGCGCUGAUCUUCGACACGGAGCUUCACACGGUUCGCAAGAGCCGCUCGCAGGAGUACAAGCCGCCGGACAUCGUGGUGACCGAGCAGCCGGCCUUCUCCGUGCUGGACGUGUCCCUGAAGAACUUCUUCCAGGCCAGCCGACCGCUCAGACCGUCGUCGAGCGCUCGUAGGCAUCGCACUAUAGGGAAGACGAUCCUCAGCGUCAGCGUCCUCCGGGGAGUAGAGGUGCCGGUGAGGGAGGAGUCGGCCUCGGUAUCCCCGUUGCUCGAGGUCGAGUGGGGCGACGUCGUGCACGCGACCUCGGUGGCCGAGGGGCCUGCACCCGUCUGGCAGCAGACCAUGCACUUCGAACUGCCGCGGCAGAACGGCGAACGCUGCGUGAAGUUCCGUUUGUACGACCAGCACCCGGUCUGGGGCCAACAGUGGCUGGGCGAGGCGAGGGUCCCGCUGGAACGCCAGCGGAAUCAUCAGGAGCUCGAGCGUUGGCUCGAUUUGUCGCCCUUGUUCAGUCCGGUGCUGCUGUUCGGCUACGUGCAAGCCAGCCCGGGCCAGUCGCACACCAGGAUCUAUGUACUCAUGAAGAUGGAGCAGCGAGGUAACUCCAAGUCCAUGGAGGCCGACGCCAUCGACACCCUCUCCAAAGGCAUUCAACGUUGCCUGGCGACUCCCUACAAAGUGGCCGGCGUGGAGACUCCUGGCGAUGCUGCGCGAUUCUCGAUGCUGUUGCCGGCGUUGCCUGUACACUACGGCCCGGUCACGCCGCGCCAGGUUCUGAACGUCAACAAGGUGGAUCACUAUGGCCGAGCGGCUCUCUUGGCGACGCUGCUGCAAGGCUUCGGUUUGCAUUCUUACGUGUUGCUGGGUUCGUCGCAGAUAAGCAAGUGGACCGCGUUUGUCUUGAACAUCGAGGGAGACGACGCUACCUUGUGGGACCCCGAGGUCGGGGACCACUACGAACUCAGCGACAGCCGCUGCUCUUUGACGAAAGUCUCGCGCUUGAUCAAUCACUCCGGCAUAUGGGAGAACCUGCAAAAGUCCAUCCUGCCGCACAAUCUCAGGUACAACGUAGCGAAUAGCAAAGACUGGCGGCCGCUCGCGCCAGUAGCUACAUCGGCCAGCCAUCGGUCCGUUCAGACGCUGGAACCGGCCGUCGCGGACGAAGAGGACGUGCAGGCGAAGGAGAGCGCAGCGCAAAUGGAGCAACAUCUGCGGGAUAAACUGUCGAGCUGGCGUAGCGCUCUCGGCCUGACGACCGUGUUCAACCGUCACGCAGUCGCCGUGCUGCGGACCUUCGUUUCCAGCAUACCGAGCGACGUGAGCCAGCAGGUGGACAAGAAGGACCUCAAGCAACUAUACAGAGCUUACCACACGCACGGCUUCCUGCUGAACCUGCGCCAGGCCAGCCUCGACGAGCUGACCGAGCAGAUAGCAGCCACGAAGGUGCGCGACAUCAGCGGUCCCGUCGAAUUCGCGCUCGUCUGCCACGUGCAGCGCUACGUCGGGAAGACGUGUUCGGUCUGGUUGGCCUUGGCGAUCCUCAGGAGCCGCGGUUAAUAUCGCUCGCGCGCGCUCCAUGAAAUAAAUGUGGCGUCUGCAUAUGAAGGGGAGUGACGUAUGCGAAUCACGGCGCAGCACGCGUGAUAUAAGCACGUCGUUUACGCGCGUGGCCGUAUCGUCAAAUUGCAAAUUAACCUGCGGAUGUUAUGUAUAAGAAUGCAGGAUUUAUGAAUAUUAAUUAGAGAAAAGCCGUCGGUAGAAUUAAAGAUGUAUUUCAGCCGUACACGCGUCCACAUUCACACACACAUUCACACACACACACACUCUCUCUCUCUUUCUCUUU